UGACCUUCCGUCACGUACUGCGGUCGACCGCGAUAGUUGUGUCCAGUAUUGAGAAUCAAUUAACAUGAAUAAUUUCUGUUUUAUACAUUGACGACAGGAGGUUACGUAGGAAUGAGUAUUUUAUCCAACAAAAUAUAUCGGUACAUUUUAAUCAGUACGAUAAUUACACGAUAACCAGAUAGAACAUUUUUAUUCUGCUUAAAAUUUGUAAUAAUGUCAAAGAAGAAAAAAAGUGAAGCUUGGGGGGAAAAUGGAUUUGAAGAUUGGGGUGGGUAUAUGGCUGCUAAACAAGCAAAAUUAGAGGAACAAUUUCUAAAUGAAGCAACUAACGAGGUUAAAUCGUCAAAUAUAUUUCAAGGGAUUGCAAUUUUUGUCAAUGGUUAUACUAAUCCAACUGCAGAUGAACUUCGUCGUUUAAUGAUGAUACAUGGAGGUAUAUAUCAUAAUUAUAUGAGACCAAGGGUUACAACUCACAUCAUUGCAACCAAUUUACCAUAUUCUAAGGUAAUAAUGUAUAGAAAAAGUCAAAACCCAACUCCCAUAUGUAAACCUGAAUGGAUUACAGAUAGUAUAAAGGCUGGUAGGAUUUUAAAUUUUCAAAAGUAUUUACUUUAUUCACAAUGUACAAGCGUACAACCCCAAUUGAUGUACACAGUAGAAAUUAAAGAAAACAAAACAAACAGCAUCGACCAAGUGCACAAUAAUAUACAAACAGAUCAUAAAGUAAACAUUCCAAAAAGUAACAAAGGUGACAAACUUGAAGCGGUAGAAGAUUCUUUUGUGAAUCAAGUUAUUUCAAAUCCUACAACAUCCAUUAGUUCAAGAGAUGCUCGUUCAACAAAAAAUUCAGAAUUUAUAUCAGAAUUUUAUAGUCACUCUCGAUUACACCAUAUUGCAACAAUGGGAGCAACAUUCAAAGACUAUGUUAACCACUUGAGAGACAAAAGUAACGGGAAAUUUCUUGGUCUUGACAAGUUGAAAGAGUUGAGAGAUAAAAAAUUGAACUCAUCAUUGACUGAUUCCCAAUUGAACCUCAGUAUCGAAGCUGAUUUUCAAGGGGAAGAUAAGACUGAAGUUAGUCAAGGCCCUAUUAUAAUGCACAUCGAUAUGGACUGCUUUUUUGUAUCGGUUGGUCUUAGAGACAAACCAGAGUUCAGAGGCUUACCUGUUGCGGUGACUCACGCGAAGGGCAAUAAAAAUCCUGCAAAUAACAAACAAAUUUUAGAUAGUAAUACAAAUAGAGACGAAGAACAUGGUUCAUUGUCAGAGAUAGCAUCCUGUUCUUACGAGGCAAGAAAAGCUGGAGUAAAAAAUGGCAUGUUUUUAGGGGAAGCAUUAAAGAUAUGUCCUAACUUAAAGCCAAUACCGUACGACUUUGAAGGGUACACAGAAGUCUCCUACACGUUAUACGAUACUGUAGCAUCAUACACAUUAGACAUUGAAGCAGUUAGUUGCGACGAAAUGUAUGCAGAUUGUACAAAAAUAUUAGAGGAAUUGUGUCUAACACCGUUGGAAUUUGCAGCUGUAAUUAGAAAGGAAAUAAAAGAUAAAACAGGUUGUCCUGUGUCAACAGGAUUUGGCAGCAACAAAUUAUUAGCAAGAUUAGCAACAAGAAAAGCAAAGCCUAAUGGUCAAUUUUAUAUACAACAGCAGCACAUUAACGAUUGCAUCAAUACCUUUAACGUAGAGGAUUUACCAGGGGUUGGAUGGACAACAGGACAUAAACUAAAAAAUAUGAAUGUACGAACGUGUGCAGAAUUACAAGCAAUCUCGUUGACGACGGUACAAAAGGAAUUUGGUAAAAAAAUGGGUGAAAUGUUGUACAAUAUGUGUCGCGGUAAAGAUAAUUCGAAGCUUAAUUUAGAACACGUUAGAAAAUCGGUCUCUGCCGAAGUCAAUUACGGGAUAAGAUUUCAGAGUAACGAAGAUGCGAUAGAUUUCUUAAGAAAAUUAUCACACGAAGUGUGUAAUCGAUUGAAUAAAGCUAACGCGAAAGGCAGGUGUAUCACGUUGAAAGUUUUAGUCAGGGCCAAAGAGGCGCCGAAAGAAACUGAAAAAUUUAUGGGACACGGAUUAUGCGAUUACGUGACAAAAUCGAAGAAUCUUAUCUCGGCUAUCAACGAUGUUGAUAUCAUGACAAAGGAGGUAAUUGCACUUUGGAAUCAAAUGCAAAAAGUGCCUGAAGAUGCGAGAGGCAUCGGUAUACAAAUAUCUAGAUUAGAGAUAUUAAAAAAUAAAUCUCGGGGUAUAACUUUAACGAGUUUCGUUAACAAGAAGAAGGAAAAUAGCAGCACGUCUGGUCGAUCUAUCGAAGAAAAGCAAGCCGCGAAUGAAGCUCGGUCUUCGGCAAAUUCGAAUGCGGUCGCGUCUGUAUCUGGAAAUAAUAAAAUUGCUGAGAAUCGGAAAACAUCGAACGUUCCACCUGGUAUCAACGAGUCAGUUCUUUCCGAACUCCCAGAAGAUAUACGAAACGAAUUAUUGGUCGUUAACGGAACCGAACAACUGACAGAGCAGGGAAGAACUAAGGAAGAAGUACAAACGCGUCAGGAGAAUUUUUUCAAACAAACGAAACCUGGAGUUUCGAGACCAACCAAGGUGGAGAUGCCACCCAUUCAAGAAAUCGAUAUGUCCGUUCUUAUAGAAUUACCCGAAGAUAUACGAAACGAAAUCCUUAACGAAUACAGCGCUAAGAAGAAAUCAGACGAAACGAGUGUUAAUAGAAACGAAAAUAAUAUGCAAGCACGUACAUCUUCGACAAGCGGAACAUCUUCAACUACCGAAGAUAAUCGUGACGAGGAAAAUAUAUCUUUCUCACAAGUGGAUCCAGAGUUUUUAGCCGCGUUAUCGGAAGACUUAAGACGCGACGUUCAAACGUAUUGCACGGCCAAGAAAGCAGAAUAUUCGUCGAAAGUAAAAAAGAACGAGAGUAAGGUUGGAUGGCCGAAAGGUGAGCAUGUGAAACAGAAUAGGAAGGUGGAAGUAAACUCGAAAAGUAAAAAUAGCAAAGCGACGCUUGCUAAACAUAAAAAGAAAAACGUACAGGCAGCGCUGAAGACGACAAAAAAUACGAAUGAACCGAAGAAUUCGUUAGAUAAGAAGAUCGAUAACGCGAGAUCGAUAAUACCCUCUGUGGAAGAAAUGAAAUCUGUUAAGAACGAAAUUACCGAGGAUGAAGCUGAGGCUAUUCUUUCCCACAAUCGUACUAUCUCGCAAGACAAUGGCAGUGUAAUUCAACAAGAAAACAGUCUAAUCGAUCUUGUAAAUCGUUUACUUAAUCUACCUCUAGAUCAGGUGAAAAUGCAUAUGCAGAUAUGGAUCGCUAAUUCUAAAAUCGUGAACGAAGUAGACUUUUUAUCCCUUGCAACAUUUCUUAGCAUGCUUCCGGAGAAGAAACGCAUCGAAGACUUACACGUCUUAUUGAAAACCAUGCAUAGAUGUAUGACAAAAACUGGAAAUUGCAUUUGGCAUAGGACAUAUAGGAAAACAGUAAAAUACGUUCAACAUUAUAUGCAAAUUGAAUAUAACAGCAACCUAAUGGUACCACCAAUCAAAUGCAACCUUUUGCAGUGUAACAGUGAUGUAAUGUAA